ACAUUAUCAAUGUAAUCGUUUGUUGGUGGGUGUAUUUCUUCGCCAUAUUUUAUUCCGUUUUAUAAAAUGUAAUCGUAAUUAAAUAUAAAUGUAUGUGAUUUUUCAUCAAAUAAAGACAGUUAUCAUAGUUUAAUUGAUAAAUAUGAAGUUCAUUUGCGUCCGAAAGCCCGGCUCCAUUGAUAGCAGAUCCGACUUCGCAGGAGCGCUAGAUUAAUUAAGAAACGUUUACGCCAUGCCCCUUCCAAAAAGAGUUAUAGAACCGAUCCAUGUAACGCGUGGUACGUUACCGGAAGAUUAUCCUCUUCCAUCGGAGCUCGAAGGCGUUACCAAUGGAACUCUUGCCAACACUGUUAGACAACUGUCUUCUCUGUCAAGGCAUGCCGAAGAUCUUUUUGGAGAAUUGGCGAGAGAUGCCCAACAAUUAUAUGAUAGAUCGAAUUCGUUACAAGCUAGAAUAGACAGGUUGGCUAUUAAAGUAACACAGCUCGAUAGUACGGUAGAAGAAGUCUCUCUUCAAGAUAUACACACCAGGAAGGCAUUCAAAAGCAGCGUUGUAUUUGACCAACAGAUUAAUAUUCGUUUUAGGACUCCGACCCAGUUUCCUCAACCACAGCUGCAACUCCCUCCCGAGGACCUCAUGGUACAACGCGAAUUACACCAGCAACGUCCUCCGAGGCCCAACUCGAUCGAGAUCCGCCGUUCGUACCAGCAGGAGGUGCCAGACGGUCUGCCUUCUCCGACGUACCCUCCAUACGAAGAAAACCCAUACCAACAUGGUCUCUACAGCCAGGGACCCCUCAGUUCCGAGUCGUUAUAUGCGGGAGGCACUCCGACGCGUGGCAACAAAAUCAGGCCUAGCCAACCACCUCCGGCGCCUCCGAGCAACAACAGCACUCCCUCUGCCAACACCCCGACGAGAGGUAGGAGCAUCUCCUCCGGCAGGGAUAAUCUCCCGCCUCCUCCUCCCCCUCCCGAAGCUACCAUGUCGCCUCCUAACGGAAUCCCUGCUCACGUCGUGAGGCAGGCAAGUCAAUCUAGAUCCAACAGUCCUCAUUCCCACACGGCCACUCCGGAGCCUGUCCAAGACUUACCGCCUCCUCCGCCCGCUCCCGUCAAGCAGGCGUCUCCCCCCAAGCAGCAGACCCCUGUGGCUCCCCCGCCUCCGCCCCCUCCGCCCAUGCCCGUGAUGACCAAUGGACCCGCGGUGGCUCCCCUUCCCAUGUUGAACGGAGAUCUGGCUAGAAUUCUGAAUUCCUCGACGCCCGUUAAGUUGACUCCGGUGAAGGACCGUCCCAUGAGUAAACCGCCGAUGGUGGAUCCCCGAAACGAUCUGCUCAAAGCUAUCCGCGACGGCAUCAAGCUGCGGAAGGUCGAGAAGAUCGAGCAGAAGGAGGUGGAACGCGGAAACGGAUUGCACGACGUGGCGAGCAUCUUAGCUAGGAGGGUCGCAGUUGAGUUCAGCGAUUCAGAUUCGGGGAGCGAGUCCGAAUGUGAUAGCGAAGGUUGGGGGGAAAACGAGACUUCGGCGUGACACAGACGCAAGGCUAGCAGCGCUAGUCAGGUGUACUGAGCGGAAACAACGAAUGUACAGGGAACGAGAGCUUUUCGGAAGAAAUUGAGUGUGGUAUCGACCCGUUUAGUUCUUUGUCGAAAUUGAUCAGUAGAAUUGAGAGACCGGGGAAAGGUUGUUGGUAAUUUUGGGUGGGAGGGAAGAGGAUUUAAUGGAGGGGGGCUGGAAAAUUUUAUUGGAGAGAAACAAAAAGCUGAGUUCGUCACCUAGAAAGCAAAAAACGUGAAUGUUUCCUUGUAAUUUGUAUUACAUUCUUGUGCAUUUCCUAAAGUCAAAUCUUCUUGUUAGUUUUGAAAAAAUAAAUUCUGCCACUUAGCGAUACUACCGAGUUAUUUAAAAAUACAGAGUGUUCAAAAGUGAAACAUGAACAAAAACUAUUAUUUCAAAAUUGUUAACCUUCCUUCUGGAUGAAAAAUAUGAAAAAGCAAUAGACUGAGUAAAAAUAUUCUCAAAAGGAAACUUAUUGGACGAUUGAAUAGCAUUAUUAAUGAUAAUCUUGCCACUAGAAUCAAUGAAGUCUCCCCGGAACGCCAAUUAAGUUUUAUUGUUGUUUUAUAAUUUCGUGAGACGUGACUUGGGAGGAAGAAACUUUCGAUUCCAUUCGAUACAAUAUAGGCCUUCAAUUGGGUCAUUCAAAUAUCAAUAAUCGCAGAACAUUUGAGUGCAAUAACGAUAAAUUUAUAUUCGUUAUUUUUCAGGAUUGUUAAAACAUAUCACUGUCGAUAAUGUUAUUCAAACGACCAUUUGUAUCAGUGACAGACUUGUUUGUCACAAAGGAACAGGCAAACUUCGAAAGUUAACUGUGGAAAAUAUUCACAAAGACUAAGGAACAUUCGAGUUGAAUAUCCGAACACUUGAUCAAAAAAAAUUUUGGCUUCAAUUGAUACAAAUAUUAUUUGUCAAUUCUGGAGCACUAGACUGAAUGCUAGGCUGGAAUGAAUGCAAUAAAAUUAUGCACAUUCAGGAAGUCCAAAGUAUAAUAACGAAGGAAAUUAGGACUUGACCAGAAUGAAAUAUUACUGAGCUUAUUCUCAUCAAUGAUGAUAAUUAUAUUUUAUUUGAAAUUUGUUUCGCAGCACGUUAGCUUCAUCAGUUACUGGUUAAGUCACUAACGGAUGCAGCUACCGAGUAGUAAAACUUUUAGCUUCAUUGGUCAAUGGGCAAGCAAAUGGCUGACGAAGCUACUGUCUAGCGAAGCUGGUAGCUUCAUUGGUUACUGGUUAAGCCAGAACCGUUACUGGUUAAGCCAGUAACUGGUAAAACUACCAUGUGACGAAAUGUGUAGCUUCAUCAGUUGUUGGUUAAGCCAGUGACUAAUGUAUUUCAAAAUGCAUGUAAAACCAGUAUUUAAAACGCGUGUCGCUACAUGGUAACAGGGUAAGCCAUUAACCGAUGUAGCUACUGUGUGGUGAACUGGUAGCUUCAUUGGUUACUGGUUAAGCCAGUAACUUGUAAAACUACCAUGUGACGAAAUGUGUAGCUUAAUCAGUUAUUGGUUAAGCCAGUAACUGAUGAAUUUCAAAGUGCAUGUAAAAACAGUAUUUGAAACGUGUGUCCCUACAUGGUAACUGGGUAAGCUAUUAAACGAUGUAGCUACUGUGUGGUGAACUGGUAGCUUCAUUAGUUACUGGUUAAGCCAGUAACUUGUAAAACUACCAUGUGACGAAAUGUGUAGCUUAAUCAGUUAUUGGUUGAGCCAGUAACUGAUGAAUUUCAAAAUGCAUGUAAAAACAGUAUUUAAAACGCGUGUCCCUACAUGGUAACUGGGUAAGCCAGUAACCGAUGAAGCUACUGUGUGUGAACUGGUAGUUUCAUCGGUUACUGGUUAAGCCGGUAACUGGUAAAGCUACAGUGUAGCAAAAUGCAUAUCUUCGUUAGUUACUGGCUUACUCAGCUACCAUGUAAGGAAACGUGUUUUGAAUACUAGUGUUUAUAUGUAAUUUUGUUCAGUACUGGUAGCUCCAUCGGUUACUGAUUAAGCUGGUAACUCGUGAAGCUACAGUGUAGCGAAAUGCGUAGCUUCGUUAGUUACUGCCUUACUCAGCUACCAUGUAGGGAAACGUGUUUUGAAUACUAGUUUUUAUACGCAUUUUUAAUCAGCACUAGUAGCUUCAUCGGUUUCUGGUUAAGCUGGUAACUGGUAAAGCUACGGUGUAGCAAAAUGCAUAGCUUCGUUAGUUACUGGCUUACUCAGCUACCAUGUAAGGAAACGUGUUUUGAAUACUAGUGUUUAUACGCAAUUUUGAAGUGAUUUGUUUAUUUAUUUAGUAUCACUUAAGAAAUACAAUUAGCAAUUACACAAUGCAUCUACAACUUGAAAAACUAAUUGGUACUGAUACUGCACUAAGGGCAAAAUAUGAUUAAUAAAUACUAAUUUCUCUGCGGUUUACCUUGUGUAAUAAGACUAGCUUCAUAAAAAGUCUUUCUCUGUACACACCACUGCAAGAUGUUGAAAGAUAAGAGGCAUUGCAAUCAAUAAAAUAAGACAAUGAAUGAAACAAUCUGUUCGAUUGAUGACCUAUUUGUUUCGUGGAAACUCAUAAUAAAUAUGGGAUAGAUAAAAUAACUUUUGCCUAAUUUCUACUAGGUUUUUUAUUUGUUACCGUUUUCGAUUAUUAAACCAUUCUCAAGUGAACUGACGCAGCUAUUCCCUCUAGAGGCGUCAGUUCAGGUGAUAUAGUGGGCUAUUCUGAGAUAAUACGUCUAUCGGUUCAAAUAAUAGACAAAUCCAAAUGAGUUUUCAAUUGAUGUUUUGGAAAGAAACAGACUUGUUUGGAAAUUAUCGAAAAUGGAAGACAGGCAAACUUGGACCCCUACGAGUGGCCCACUAGAUCACACAAUAUGAUGUCCUUGGAUUUUUUUGUGUGAAUUUGUGAAAUUUAAAGUAUACGACGUCAGUCUAUUUCAAAACUCUUAGAAUAAGAGGUGCUCCUAACAAAAUUAUUCCAGAAACAUUAAAUAUGAAUUUUUUCUUGAAAUUGAUAUUGUUUACUUACAGAUUCUUGAAACUAAAACUGCUGCGUUUUUCAAAAUAAACUGUCACAUAUAAUUAAAAUACCUGUCAUACAAGGUAUAUCUAUCUUGCUAAAGACUACCUUUUUACGUAAAUUUCGUCCAACCUUGAUGUCUGGUCUCGUUCAAAAGUUAAGGUGGAAAACUAUUCCCUUCUGCAAUGUAUAACUAUCAUUGAAAAUAGGGAAUCCAGCAAAUAAUUUGAUCAAUUUCGAUGAGAACUGGAAGGGAUCUUCAGACUGCACUGUCGAGGAAUCAAAAUGAGUUUUAUAUUUCAGGGAUAGGCAAGUUUCUGUGUCUGCUUUGUGUAAGGUUUCUUUGUUAUUGUUUUAAAGAGUUUAUUUAUUUAACGAUUAUAUGAUUUUUUGGCCAACUGGAUUCAUUGUCAAUCAACUACAGUUAUAUAGUUUGUUUCCGUUGAAAGAUACUUUGAAUAGUAACCCAGAAAGAAUAUUUUUUCAAUUUUCAGCAAGUACAAUGACACGUUUAUAUUCAGUCAACCAAAAUACUUGAAUGCAAAUACUUGAAAUUUUGAAAGAGUGUGUACUGAAAGCAGGAGGCAUGUGAGAAUCCAUUGCUUUUUAUCCAACGUACGGAUAUCAUUUGGUGUAAUUUCAUUUCGCUAGAUGUUUUUGCACUUUUGUAAAUGGAAGAAGUAUCUUAUAAUUGAGUUUUUCUGACACUCGAACUGCAGAACACUCCAGGUUACAAUUUCCCAAAAUAAAAUUAAUCGUUCCAACCAACUGUUUUCCGCAGUCUUGAGGUUAGAAAAAUUAGUUUCAGAGAUUCUACCGCUGUGGGAGAAAAGACGUCUGCUUUGGUUUUAGUUUUUUUUUUUUUUUGCUUGAACUCGUUUCUAAAUGGUAGGUUAAGAUGUUUCGAAAUAUAAUCAAAAUAUGUAGUACAUACCGAUUCCAUAUUGACCCAAAAAUAUUCCAUUGUGCCAAAUGGUACACGUUUCCUAAUUUGGUGUUUCUACAAUAAACUAUUUGACCCACUCACUUUUUUUUUAAGCAAAGUGCAAUUGUAAGUUUAUUAAGCAAACUGAAUUCAAACUACGUGUCUGGAAUAGAAAUAGAUAGUGAUACUAAAACUGUAAUUGAAUGUGUAUAUCCACACGUCUGUAGAAUUAUUAAAAAAAAACAUUCAUUUGUAAAUUAUUCCAAAAGUAAAGCCAAACCUUCAGUAUUAUGCUACGAAAUAAUUCCUCAUUCAUUUCAAUGAAGAUUUUGGAAUUUUUCAGUGGGGGGUUUUUCAAAACUUUUGAUAUUGUGCUAUUUGAGUUACUAAUUUCGUCGAAACUAACCAUAGAUACAAAUUAAAGUGAUACAGACCUUAGUUGGAACAUUCCAAUUUUUUCUCACUCGAAUUUGAAUUGCGAGUUUGUACGUAGAAUGCUUUUUAGAAACAAAUUAUGUAAAUACUGUUAUGAAUGAAGACUUUUGUAAAAUUUGUAAGCUUUUCUUUUUAGUUCGUAAGGUGUAUAGUAAAUAUUUAACUCGUACUAUUCUAAUACUCUUUUAAUACUUCGUUAUUGUCACCCCCAUCAGCCGAAUAUUUGUAUGAAUAUUAUUGGGAAAAUAAAGAUCAAUGAAAGUUG